AUGUCGCAACGACCAGGUUUCGUGGAGUCUAUCCAGAGCAAGGCUCAGGAAGUCGCCACAGAGGACUUCGGACGAGCCAAAGUGAUGGCAACUGAUGCCGCGAGGAGCGGCUCGUACUGGUACCCUAUCAAGGGUAUCUUCUACUUCGCCAGCCACCCCGCCUUGUGGAAGCCAUUGGCAUCUAGAAUCCUCCCAACACUAGCUCUGUCGGCGGGAGUUAUCGGCUCGAUGUUCCUAUUCACCUACAUCCCGCAAGUUUCGGUUCUCGUAUUCGUCAACGGUCCUCUUGCCGUCUUCACAACUGUCCUCCUCAUCCUCAGCGAAAGCUCCACGAUCAUAAACAUCAUUUCGCGAACCUGGUUUCUCCAAGAUGCAAUUCUCGAUACAUUCGACGGCACGCUGGUUGCCAAGGAUGCCACCAGCCUUGUCACGGAGGGAAGAGAGCUGAAGUCCGGCUCCGAUCCCAUCGCGAGGCUUGGCAAGAUUCUCAAGAAUCCAUUCGAGAGAUUCAGUCCUAAGGCCCUGGUUCGCUAUGUCAUGUACCUACCGCUAAAUUUCAUACCUGUGGUGGGGACCGUCAUCUUCAUCUUCUUGCAAGGACGAACCAGAGGCAAAGCGGUUCACGGUCGAUACUUCCAAUUGAAGAAGUGGUCUAACUCACAGAAAUCUGCAUGGUUACAGGAGCACACUGCUCCUUACACAGCUUUCGGCACGGUAGCUACCCUACUUGAGUUGGUUCCUUUCGCCUCUAUCUUCUUUACAUUCACAAACACCGGUUAG